AUGGCAAAUUUGCUUUUUCUGACACUAUUGCUACUGUUCCAUUUAGCAUGCAAUUGCCAUGGACAUGCCAGUUCCUGUGUUUACAACCAAACCGUCGCCAACUCAAGACUGAGUUUAAACUCGACUGGAUUUUACUCAGGUGGAGGUGUUUGUCAGAACUGCACGCGCAAUACAACUGGGAUAAACUGCGAAACUUGUAUACCGUUGUUUUUUCGAGCAGUUGGAAAGAGUCGCUCUGCUAUUGAUGUCUGUACAGAAUGCAAUUGCAGUGUUUUGGGGUCAAGACUUGUUCCCGGAGUUCAGUUUCUUGAUUGCGUAAGGGAUGAAACUGUUAACAUCUCAGGAUUGACGGCAGGUGAUUGCUAUUGUAAGCAGAACGUUCAUGGCAAGAAAUGUGGUGUCUGCAGACCGGAGUUUUACAAUCUCACUCAAAACAAUCCAUUCGGAUGCCAAGGUAACAAACUGAUGUUUAUAUAUUUAUGUAUUAUGCUAUCUGCAUCAGCUAUAGCAUAAAUCCUUUUCGUAAAC